AUGCCUCUCAAAGUCUCUUCCGAAUCACCCUCUGAGCUCGAAGCUUCUCUGAAAGCUACUGCCACAACAUCCAAGCCGGCGUUCUUCAUCGUCUAUGCGUCUCUUGUGAAUGGAAAGUCGUGGUGUGGGGAUUGUCGCGAUGCAGAGUCGUUUGUGAAUAGCAAAUUUGCGAGUGGUGAGGACGUGGUGAAGGUUGUGUAUGCGGGACAGCGUGAUGAGUGGCGAAAGCAGGAUAAUCCAUGGAGAGCUGACCCCUUCAAGAUCACGAACUUGCCGACCUUGGUGAAGGUUACUGCUGAUGGCAACGUGGAGAAGCUUGUAGAGGCUGAUGUCUAUAAUCAGCGGAAGCUUGAUGCGUUUGUGGGCUUCUGA